AUGUCUAGCCUCCCGACUGUCUACAUCGUGUCCAGCGCCCGCACCCCGCUGGGCAUGUUCCAAGGCUCUCUGGGCAGCCUGAGCGCCGUUCAGCUUGGUUCCCACGCCAUCAAGGCCUCCAUUGAGCGCGCCGGCGUCAAGCCCGAGGACGUCCAGGAGGUCUUCUUUGGCAAUGUCCUCUCCGCCGGCCUGGGCCAGAACCCUGCCCGCCAGUGUGCCCUCGGCGCCGGCCUUCCUGAGGCUACCGUUGCUACUACCGUCAACAAGGUGUGCGCCUCUGCUUUGAAGGCUAUCAUCCUCGGUGCCCAGACCAUCAUGACCAACAACGCCGAGAUUGUUGUGGCUGGUGGCACUGAGUCCAUGUCCAACGUCCCCCACUACCUCCCCAACCUGCGCACCGGCGCCAAGUUCGGCGACCAGAAGCUUGUCGACGGUGUCCUGAAGGACGGUCUUACCGAUGUUUACAAGACGGAGCACAUGGGUGUCCAGGCUGAGCAGUGUGCCGCCAAGUACGGCUUCUCCCGCGAGGACCAGGACGACUACUGCAUCCGCUCCUACAAGAAGGCUCAGGCUGCCCAGGCGAAUGGCUGGUUCACCGAGGAGAUUGCUCCCAUUGAGGUCAGCGGCGGCAGAGGCAAGCCUAACGUUCUCGUCGACAAGGACGAUGAGCCCAAGAACUUCAACGAGGCCAAGACCAAGUCUCUGAAGCCCGUCUUCAUCCCCGGCACUGGUACUGUUACUGCUGCCAACGCUUCCCCGCUGUCUGACGGCGCUGCUGCCGUCGUCCUCGCCUCUGAGGAGGCUGUCAAGAAGCACGGCCUGAAGCCGAUUGCUAAGAUCAGGGGCUGGGGCGACGCUGCUCACAAUCCUUCUGAGUUCACCACUGCUCCUUCCCUCGCCAUGCCUAAGGCUCUCAAGCACGCCGGUCUCGAGAUUAGCGCUGUUGAUGCUUUCGAGAUCAACGAGGCCUUCUCCGUUGUCUCUCUGGCCAACAUGAAGCUGUGUGGCAUCUCCGAGGACAAGGUCAACCUCCACGGUGGUGCUGUCGCCCUCGGCCACCCGCUUGGCUGCUCCGGUGCCCGUAUCGUCGCCACUCUGAUCGGCGUCCUCCGCCAGAAGGGCGGUAAGAUCGGCGCUGCUGGCAUCUGCAACGGCGGUGGCGGCGCCUCUGCCAUCGUCAUCGAGACGUUGUAA